AUGGACGUCAUGAAGGACAAGAACACAGGUUCUGGCGGCGAUCGCAGCCCCCAGUCAAGCUCUUUCGUCGCGAUCGCAGCAGCCCUAAUCCCCUCAGCAAUUACAGCUGCCAUCUUUUUGGUCGCGUUCUUGUCCCUGCGAUGGAGGUAUCGAAACAUCUACGCGCCAAGAACCUACUUCCGGACAAUCAAUCGCAAGGAUCGAACGCCCUCGUCCAGCCACGCGAUCGUUUCUUGGUAUCAUGACUUCCGUGUCCUCGAUGACAAAUUUGUUCUGCGGCAUUCCUCACUGGAGGCAUAUCUCUUUUUGAGAUUUCUUCGGAUGGUUGUCCUGAUCUGCGUUGUGGGCUGCUGCUUGACUUGGCCGAUUCUCUUCGCCGUCAAUGCUACUGGAGGUGGCGGAGCUACGCAACUCGACAGGAUAUCGUUGAGCAACGUCGCCGACAGGAAACGCCUCUACGCUCAUGCUAUCGUGGCAUGGGUGUUCUUUGGGUUCAUCGUCCUGCUCAUUACAAGAGAGAGGCUAUUCGUCAUCGGACUCCGCCAAGCAUACCAGACCAUUCCUUUGAAUGCGAGCCGGCUCUCAUCUCGAGUGGUGUUGUACCUCAGUGCUCCGCCUGAAGCACUCAAAGAAGAAAACCUUCCUCGAUUCUUCGGAGAGAACGCUGUCAGGUCAUGGGUCGUUUCUGAUUUCAGCCAUGUGGAAAAGAUCGUCAGCAAGAGAAACAGCAAAGUUGACCAAUUGGAAGGCCUAGAGCUGCAGCUCCUGAAGAAUGCGAACAAGGGCAAAGAGAACGGUACAGCUAAUGGUCAGUUGAAAGAUCAUCGGCCGACGCACAGAACCAGAUACCUGGGGGGAGACGAGGUCGACAGCAUUUCCCGCACUCGCAAAGAACUUGAAGACAUUCUGGCCGACCUUGACCGGGUCCGGCAGGCAGACGGAAGUGGUCCUAAUAGACAUACAGGGGCAAUAUUCGUCGAGUUUAAGGAUCAACGCAGUGCGCAUCAGGCCUUCCAGUUGGUGCAACAUCCAUCUCCGCUUACUUUGCAGCCAAGGUACGUUGGGGUUCAGCCCCGGGAGGUAAACUGGCAGAAUCUCAACCUCGAUCCGUCUCUUCGAAUCACGUAUUCGUACCUGGCCGCGGCACUCGCGGUAGCAAUCAUCAUCUUCUGGUCAAUUCCAGUCGGAAUCAUCGGAACUAUCUCCAAUAUCAAUUACUUGACGGACAAGAUAAAAUUCUUACGGUUUAUCAACAAUCUACCAGAUCCAAUUCUCGGGUUGCUCACAGGGUUGGUGCCACCUUUACUUCUCAGCACUGUGGUAUCUUACGUGCCUUACUUCCUCAAAUACGUGGCAAAUCUAUCAGGUCAACCAACGACGUUCGAAACGUCCAAAUGGGCUCAACAGUGGUAUUUUGUGUUUCAAGUGGUGCAGGUCUUCCUUAUCACAACCUUUUCGUCAGGGGCAGCCGCCGUGGCUACCAAGGUUGCGAACCAACCAACAUCAGUACCGACUCUCCUUGCUAAAAAUCUCCCGAAGGCUUCGAACUUCUACCUGACCUAUUUCAUCAUCCAAGGACUGGGGACUGCAUCGAAACAGAUCCUCAACUACAGCGACCUGUUCUCCUUUCUGUUCUUUUACAGGGUAAUGAGCAAGACCCCGAGACAGAAGUUCAACAUAUACACGCAGAUGAAGGGAAUCAGUUGGUUCAAUGUGUAUCCCAAGUUCACCAACCUGGCCGUCAUUGCAAUAGCUUAUUCGUGCGUCGCACCGCUUGUGCUGGGGUUCGCAGGCACUGGCGUCUUCCUCUUGUACCUGAGUUACCGCUACAACUUGCUGUAUGUGGUUCAGGUCAAGACUGAAACACGAGGAGAGAGCUAUUCCCGAAGUCUGCAGCAUCUCAUGACGGGUGUCUAUCUUGCUGAGUUGUGUUUGAUUGGCCUGUUUGGAGCUAAAAAGGCUCCUGGCCCUUCAGCUCUUACAACUGCUUUAUUGGUCGCCACAGCGCUCCAUCAUUUCACCGUGAACAAAUAUCUCGGACCUCUCGAGAACUAUGUGCCGAUCGACGCAUUUUCAGACGAAGAUGAAGAAAGGCCGUUGCUUAGGGGUGAUGAGGACGUCGAUGGACCACACAGAACACAGGUCGAACGCUCACGGAUUCACAGACUGGGUUCGGGGAAGGUUCCGGCAAUUUUACUUGACCCAUUGGCCACCUUUCUGGAGCCACGUAUCUUUGCUUCCCAGGAAGCCCUUCGACCAUGGCUGCAGGAUCCCGAAGGUGAAUCAGAAGAAACCAUCACGUACACCGACGAGCAGAUCGAGAAUGCAUAUUUAAACCCGGCCAUCACGUCGAAGACGCCGAAAAUAUGGCUACCAAGAGACCGAAAAGGCCUGUCCAAGACUGAAGUCGAAGCCAACGAGAAGGAGGGUUUGCCCAGUACAGAUGAAGGCGCUGAACUGGAUUCCUCCAACAGCAUUCGAUGGAACUAUGAGGAUUUCAAUACAGUGCCUAUUUUCAAAGAAGCGACUCGUUAUUGA